CUCGGUAUCGUGAAGAUGGCUCAUGAUAGCCUCAACUUUGGAGCGUCGUGAUACGACAUGACGAUGCGGCUCGCAAGUAGGAAACCAGGUCGUAUGUGCCGGUACAGGCCCCUUGAAAUCCGGAAUGCUGAGCAUCGAUGCCCACUGAAUGGCCAACCCCGCAAACGCUGCUAUCGUGGCGCUGCGAUUUCGCAGUGCCUCAAUGCCCUGCCUUCACACCCCGCCUUUACCAACCCAACGCAUAGCCAGUUCAUAGGCUAAGCAUUCAAUCACCCUGGAAUCAGGCAUCCAUAUCACUACCGCGCUGUCACGAUACCGGGUUGUUCCAACGGCCAUUUAAGCCUCUUCACGACCCUUCGACCGGCGCUGCAUCCAGUCAGUCUAUCUUGCAGUGCCUCAUAGAUAAGUACAUACUCCCCGAGCAUCAUUGACCAUUCUGCCAAAUUCCCCUCCCCUUCAUAUAGCCCUACCACCUAAUUCGGAACCCCUCUGCGAUCCUUUCACAAUCGCUGUUCACAUCUAUUGUCCUCGACCGGCCCACCAUACAUGACACAUGAUGGUUGACCGUCAGGAACAAGACCAAGGAAAAGAAGAAGACCCACCGUACAACAUGCCACACGCCCAAGAUCAUUCCCAAGUGACAUACUUUCCACAAGCGUUCGACCCGUAUUACGGCGCGAUGAAGUCGCGCGAGGAGUUUGGGUUCGACCAGUUCGACCAGUUCUGCCACGAGAAUUACCACGACAUCACAGACGCCCCGGACAAAGGGGACUCCAUUCAUAACAAGACAGCCGGGAUAGCGGGCAUCGAAAACACCACAAAAGAGGCAUGGCAGAUCACCGCUGAAGCAACUCGCGAGCCCGUCGACCGUGCAUAUAAGAUCGAGCGCCACACCGAAGCUUCUGGCUCCAGCAUGGGCUACCCCGAGCACUCAAGUGACGUGCCUUACUCUUACAGUGCCUCGCACCCUUUCAAAUCAUGUUCACUGUCUCCUUCCCUGCCACCUGCACUUUACCAUGCAGAUGAGGCUGCCCAACGGGACCCUCGCGGCUCCUCGGUAUACGAGACUUUCAAGCGCCAGUUCCCCGACUCUAGAACCGCGAGCUUGUAUCGAAAAGAGCACAUGCGCUUUGGCCGGCAGCCAUACAAACCGCCUGAGAGCGAUCCAUCUAUCCAAGACAUUGAAUCACGCCGAACCCAUCACGUGGAGCGCAUCUACAACGCCAUGACUAGUGCUGAAAAGGCAAAGGACAACGAUCAAUCGCCUGCCAUGAAGAGAUGGGUACACGCGCCGUAUUAUAACAGCGAACUUAUCGAGUCAAUCGCACACAAAGUCAUCGAUUGCUUAAUUCAGCAAGCCUUGUAUGGAUAUCGCGGUUGGAAGCAUACCGACUACGUCGCAGAUGACCGGAAGGGUGAAGACGAAGAUCGGGUCGUGGAUUGCGCUGGCCGACUGGAAAAUAUCAUUCGCGCCUUGGAGGAAGAAAAGACCAUUUGUGAGGACGUCAUGCAAUCAGCUUCUCAAAUCCGCAUGUUCGUCAAUGCACCCAAAGCAUACGCCAGUAGAAAACAUCAGAACCGACUGGGUAACCGCAAGAGAGGACAAGGAGUGGCAAGGGAGGUGACCGACGACAACCCCAGGCCAGGAAAGGCUUCAAAGCUCGCUUCACGACCACGCCGUAGCCAUACUAACCCUAGCGCUACGAAUGUCUCCCAGCCUACCAACACGCCAGAUCCUCUGCAGCAAUCGAAGGCACGGCAUUUCAUGCCCUCUUCCCGAGCUUCUCACAGUCCGGCUCGUCACACGCUGCCGUUUCCCAGGAACACACCCAUUGUGAGUGGUGGGAUGUACAGCUCUAGCCCGGGCAUAACCCAGCAACUUUCUGCGAUGGCUUCACGAUCUUACAGCGUUGGAUCACGCUCUACACCGAUAUCUCCCGAAAAUGCUUUUCCUUUGCAAGAAUUUGACACCUAUCCGCUACAGACGCCCAUGAGCAACAUGAACACUUAUCCCGACACUCCUGACCAACCCUUCCUAUUCGUGGGCCACGGUUGGAACCCCGGCGAUGCAGUAUACUCAGGAUCGAACCCCAAUCUCUUUGCUGAACAUCCCGAUGCUGCUCUGCUAGACAGUCGUUCAUCAAGCGUUGGUGAUUGUCAUGCAAAAUCCGAUAUCCAACUACUAUGGGAUGCGCAGCCUGGGGUGCCACCUUUUCCACCAUAUUACCAUGGGAACAACGAUCCUCAGUGA